AUGCCAGGCUACAAAGCCACUUCUUUGCUGGAAGGAAGGAAGCGCGAGGCCGUCCUGAAGGUGCUGGAGAACCUGACCCCGGAGGAGCUCAAGAAAAAAUAAAAGAAAGAAAAAUUCAAGAUGAAGCUGGGGACUGUGCCGCUGCGCGAGGGCUUUGAGCUUAUCCCGCGGGGCGCACUCGGGCAGCUAGAAAUCGUGGACCUCACCGACAAGCUGGUCGCCUCCUACUACGAGGACUACGCAGCCGAACUCGUCGUGACCGUGCUGCUCGACAUGAGCAUGCUGGAGGAGGCGGCACAGCUGCCGCGGGCCGCGUGA